AAGAUCCUCCAGCCCGAAAGGGGGCGAUGAGCCGAUCCUUACGCGGGUUUGUCUCGUUGGAGUAAUCCGGAAGAGGCCUCUUACCAGGGCUCUGGAGGAGGCGGCGGCAGAUACUUGGGGUCUGGACGCGACGGCGGCGGGAGCAUGAACGCCCCUCCAGCCUUUGAGUCGUUCUUGCUCUUUGAGGGCGAGAAGAAGAUCACCAUUAACAAGGACACCAAGGUACCCAAUGCCUGUUUAUUCACCAUCAACAAAGAAGACCACACACUGGGAAACAUCAUUAAAUCACAACUCCUAAAGGACCCACAGGUGCUAUUUGCUGGCUACAAAGUCCCCCACCCCUUGGAGCACAAGAUCAUCAUCCGAGUGCAGACCACGCCGGACUACAGCCCCCAGGAAGCCUUCACCAACGCCAUCACCGACCUCAUCAGCGAGCUGUCCCUGCUGGAGGAGCGCUUCCGGGUGAGGGCGGGGCCCGGAAGGGCGGGCGGCGUGGGCUGGACACCGGCCCAUGUGCCCAUGCCUGGGACAGCCCUAGCCUGUUUCUUCGGAGGUCUUGGGGGAGAGGCGGUGCUCAUGGAAGGGCAGGGACUUCCACCACAGGCUUCAGGACGUGUGGACUGAGAGGUUGUGGAGUCCAGGCCUGCGGCUUGCCUGCCCCAUGGGACUUCCGUAGCGCGGCAGGGUCCCCUCAUGUGCUGUGAGCCGGAUCGGGGCGGGGAGCUGCUGUCCUUUGCGGGUGCUCUUCUACGUCCCUUAUCUGUGGUUGGCAAGGCCUGGUCCUUCCAGGCCUCUGUCUGGGAGGCAGCUCACCCCAGGGUGGCCCAUGCCUGUUCCCGGCAGGGCACCUGGGAGUCUAUAACAGUUUAGAGGGGAAAGAGCCACAGC